AGCCUCUAUAUUCCACCUCCUCGAGUGUAACGGAGCUGAUCAUCCGUCGUCAUUGUCGUCGUCGCGGCAGUGUCGGGCGGACUCACUCAGUCACCGACAACUGACUUAUCGGAGAUGGCCUCGAGGACGGUGCUCCUGGUCGUCAUCGUUCUCCACCUCGCCGGCACCAUCCGAGCCGAAGACGCCGUCGCUGCCACUGACGUGCAUCUUGCCAAGGGCCUGUUAACCGGGACGAAAAACUUCUUCGGCUACUUCAGACCGGGCACGGCUUCGGCGCAACAAACAGUCACCACAAAAACAUGCAACUGCGUGUGUGGCGAGAAAAAUGAAGAUAGUCGAAUCGUGGGCGGCCAGGAGACGGCGAUCAACGAGUACCCCUGGAUGGCGCGGCUCUCGUACUUCGGACGCUUCUACUGCGGCGGCACCCUUAUCAACGACCGAUACGUCGUCACUGCGGCCCAUUGUGUCAGAGGCUUCAUGUGGUUCAUGAUUCGAGUGUCGUUUGGAGAGCACGACAGGUGUGACAAGGAAGGCAAGCCAGAAGCACGUUUUGUGCUCAGGGCGAUUGUGCAGGAUUUCACCUUCCUCAACUUCGACCAUGACAUUGCCCUGCUGAGGCUUAACGACAGGGUGCCCAUCUCGGCCAACAUCAAACCCAUUUGCUUACCAACUAACAAAGACGAGUUAUACGUGGAAAAGAUCGGAACAGCGUCUGGCUGGGGUACGACGCAGGAAGACGGCAAGCCGAGCUGCGUUCUGAGAGAAGUGGACGUGCCCAUCAUGAGCAAUGAGGACUGCAGGAAGACAAAUUACACCGAGCAGAUGAUCACAGACAAUAUGAUGUGCGCUGGAUACCCGAAUGGCGAAAAAGACUCCUGUCAGGGAGACAGUGGAGGACCCUUCAUCACUGAGAGAGAAGACAAGAGAUUUGAAUUAAUCGGAGUUGUGUCAUGGGGCAAUGGCUGUGCUCGCCCUGGUUUCCCUGGCGUCUACACCAGAGUGACCCGCUACCUAGACUGGAUUGAGAAAAAUUCGCAGGAUGGCUGUUACUGCUCCAAGUAACAUCACAGCAGCUUUUAAACAGUUACGGGUAUUUCCUGCAUGUCUAAAACUGACUCUUCUGACUUGACCUCACUGGCAAAAGUAAUUUGUUAGAGUCAAAAUAGUGAAAAAGUUAACUGAUGAUAAAUUGUGAAAAGAAGCAAAAAAUGAUAAGCUUUCAUUUAAUUGUAAUUAAAUUGAAAAUUUUGAGGCGUAUACGCUCAACAAAUCAAAAGUAGCAUUUUUUCCUAAAGCAGAAUUUGAAUGACAUAAAAUUUGAUAUAAAUAUGUGUGUGCUGCUUUUUCAAUACAGUUUGUAAAAGCAAAAAGUGUGUGCAAGUGUCAAAAUUGGGCCUUUUCCUUGUUGAAUUUUUUAUUAAAAAACAAUGCACUGCAUUAGUUUUGAAGACUUGUUGCUUAAUUAAGCCGUGAUCAAAAACAAAAACUGAAACGUCUUUAUAAUAAAAAAUUCAACGAUACAAUAUUUAAAAGUCCGACUCUUUGACUUUAUCUUGAGUGCGCACUUGUACACUUUGUUUAAUUAUAGAUUAAUUAAUUUAUUUAUUGUAUUUAAUACUUUCUCCUUCAGCUUAAUUUAUUUUUUGCACAAAAACGGUUUUGUAAGAAAAUAAAUGUAAUAAACACCUAAAACCUUUUACAUAAACUACAGAAUAGAUAUUUAAUUUGAAGAAAAAUCACCCAUAUUACACUUUUUGGCCCUAACAUGGUUAUCAUUGGAACCCCUGGGCCAGGGUUUGAAAGGAAAAGGAUAGUUGAUUUUGGGGGGAUUUAAAAGAUAAGCCUGAUUCGCAGUAGGUACGCAGCUUUGGCCUGUAUAUGUAAUGACUGCAUUUUUUUUAGUGCCAAAAAAGAUAA